AUGGACGAGCCUAGGACUCUCAAGUCCGUCUUCGCAGAGGCAGAAGAGAAACGGCAUGCUCUCGACAACACGUACGAGGCGGCCUCGCCUCAGUACCGGGAGGACCUCUCCGCCGCGAUCGACGACUACCUGGAGUGCCUGCAGCUGAUCGGCAGUCUCUCCAUCUUCAGCCCCAACGAGAGCCUCGAGGACAUUUCGACCUCUGACCUCCCCUACCUCCUCAUCAACUUCUACCUCGCCGAGCUCACCCAGAAGAUCUCCGCGACCUCGCCCCACGAGCGCAAGAAGGUCCUGGAGAGGGCGCGGGAUGCGUACGAGAGGUUCCUGCACAUGCUGGACAGCUACUCCCUCCUGUCGCCGUCGUACGCGAAGCUGCUCGAGAGCUACGCCGACGACCCCGGCUCCUUCUCCACCGUCUCGACCUCGGACCCGAACGCCAGGCGGAACGCCAAGAUUGCAAACUUCAAGGCGGAGAAGGAGCUGCGCCAGAAGCUGGAGUACCUGCGGCGGCGACCCGAGUACCUUGAGGACGGCGGCGGCGGCGGCGACGAGGAGGCGGUGCGCGAGGUGCACGUCGCCAACGUCCACUACUGCGCCCACAUGACCUUCCAGGCGCUCGAGAGCCUGAACAGGGAGUUUGAGAUCCUGGCCCAGGCGCCGGUGCCGCUGCUGCCGCAGACGUCGUCCGUCGAGGAGGACGAGCGACGGCGCGCCGACAGCAUGCAGGAGGACGGCUUCUCGGACCGGCUGGACCGGCCGUUAAGGAGGCUGGGGUCGCUGAGCGGGAACGGCCCGCUCCUCGCAAAGGACGGGAAGCCCUUGCGGCCGUUCACGCUGCUGGGUAACAGGCAGGAGAUCCAGAGAGGCGUGUUCAGGCCGAGCCACAACUUGCCGACCAUGACGAUCGACGAGUACCUGGAUGAGGAGAGGCGGAGAGGCGGCAUCAUUGAGGGAGGUGGUGAGGCGAGCGGCCGACAACCGACGCCAGAUGAGGACAAUUACGAGAAGGCCGAUGCAGAGACUAUGAAGGCCAGAGAAUGGGAUGAGUUCACCGAGGCGAACCCAAAAGGCAGCGGUAACACAUUGAACAGGGGUUGA